GGAGCUGGAGGGAAGCAGCAGGUGGCUCACCCAGACCUCCUCAGCCUAGGUGGGCUGUGGGCUCCGAGGCGCAGGCGUCCGAGGCUGGAACGCAGGCUGGAUCAGAGCAGGGGCGCGCAGAUAUCCUUGCCUUCCGCAGGGGCCUGGGCGACCCUGGAGCGCGCCGUAUCUAUAGCACUUGGCUGGGCCCUGAGCUUCCGGAUCGCACAGUAAACGUGUGCUGAUGACAGCGCUGUAUGGAUAGCAGCCUUUAGAAGACGCCUAGUACAACUCUCUCCCCAGGGUCUGGGGACAUGGCCCGGAGGGCUCUCAAGCUUGCUUCGUGGACCAGCAUGGCUCUUGCCGCCUCUGGCUUCUACCUCUACAGGAACAAGUACUUGGACCUCAACGACUUUGGCGCUGUCAGGGUGGGCAGAGCAGUUGCCACGACAGCUGUCAUCAGUUACGACUAUCUUACCUCCUUGAGGAGUGUCCCCUAUGGCUCAGAGGAAUACUUGCAGCUUCGAUCCAAGGUGCACCUUCGCUCUGCCAGGCGCCUUUGCGAGCUCUGCUGUGCCAACCGGGGCACGUUCAUCAAGGUGGGCCAGCACCUGGGGGCUCUGGACUACCUGCUGCCGGAGGAGUACACCAGCACGCUGAAGGUGCUACACAGCCAGGCCCCACAGAGCAGCAUGCAGGAGGUCCGCCAGGUCAUCCGAGAGGACCUGGGCAAAGAGCUCCCAGGGACAAGGGCUCAGUGUUUUGAUGGGCCAUCUGACCAGAGUGGCUAUGAGAAUGCAGAAGAGAACCACUGUGAUUCAGAUGGGAAAAUGCACCCGUCAUUGUUUCAUACAAACCUACAGAUUCAUGAUUUGUUCAUGAGCUUUGACGAUGCCCCUCUGGGAGCUGCCUCCCUGGCCCAGGUCCACAAGGCGGUGCUGCAUGAUGGGCGGACGGUGGCCGUGAAGGUCCAGCACCCAAAGGUGCAGGCUCAGAGCUCAAAGGACAUUCUUCUGAUGGAGGCGCUCGUCCUGGCUGUGAAGCAGCUAUUUCCAGAGUUUGAGUUCAUGUGGUUGGUGGAUGAAGCCAAGAAGAACCUGCCUUUGGAGCUGGAUUUCCUCAACGAAGGGAGGAACGCCGAGAAAGUGGCCCAAAUGCUCAAGCACUUUGACUUCUUAAAGGUCCCCCAAAUCUACUGGGAGCUGUCCACCAAGCGGGUCCUUCUGAUGGAGUUUGUGGACGGCGGGCAGGUCAACGACAGAGACUACAUGGAGAGGAACAAGAUUGACGUCAAUGAGAUCUCGCGCCACCUGGGCAAGAUGUACAGUGAGAUGAUCUUUGUCAACGGCUUCGUGCACUGUGACCCUCACCCAGGCAAUGUGCUGGUGCGGAAGUGCCCGGGCACAGGAAAGGUGGAGAUCGUCCUGUUGGACCAUGGGCUUUACCAGGUGCUCACGGAAGAGUUCCGCCUGGAUUACUGUCACCUCUGGCAGUCGCUGAUCUGGACCGACAUGAAGAGCGUGAAGAAGUACAGCCAGCGCCUGGGAGCCGGGGACCUCUAUCCCUUGUUCACCUGCAUGCUGACAGCCCGGUCGUGGGACUCAGUCAACAGGGGCAUUGGCCAAACUCCAGUCACCGCCACUGAGGACUCAGAGAUCCGCAACAAUGCGGCCAACUACCUGCCCCAGAUCAGCCGCCUUCUCAGCCUCGUGCCGCGUCAGAUGUUGCUCAUCUUCAAGACCAACGACCUGCUGCGGGGCAUCGAGGCCGCCCUGGGCACCCGCGCCAGCGCCACCUCCUUCCUCAACAUGUCACGUUGCUGCAUCAAGGCACUGGCCGCGCACAAGAAGAAGAAUACCCAUUCAUUCUUCAGAAGGGCCCAGAUCUCUCUCAGUGAGGCCUUCAACUUAUGGCAGAUCAACCUUCAUGAACUCGUUCUGCGUGUGAAGGGGCUGAGGCUGGCCAGCUGGGUCUUGGCCCUGCUCUGCUGGCUGUUGCCUGCUCCACACUGAGUGGACUUGCUGUUCCCUUCCCGGUGUGACUUUGUGGUGGCCAAGCGGUCUUUUCACUCCUCACUCUUCCAUCAUGUCUCUACCCACUUGCCCCGUUUCUGCCAGCUGGUGGCCUGGAGCCCCACGGUCACUGUCCAUGGCACCGUUAUGCUCCACCUCUGAAAUUCCUCUCCUUUGGAGCCCUUGUCUUGGCACCCCCCAAGCUGUGCCGUGUGAUAGGUUUCUUUCUCUCUGUAUCCAGGGAGAAGUCACGGCAGUCUGCUUUCCCGCUCCCCACGUGGGCCAUUGGGUUGGAUGCCCCCCACCUUCCGUUAACCCUUCCUGUUAUCAGGAUGGACCUUGAAUCCCACUGAGGGCACAUUUAACUUGUAGGAAGUUUGAUUUUGCUGGAGCGGAGCGUGGUCUCUGAACUGGAGAACAGUUUCCUCUCCUUGCGCUGUCACUCCGCAGAGGUGCCGACCUCAGCAAGGUGGCUUGGCACCCAAGCCAGGCUCUGUUGCAGCUGUGAGUUCACUGCUGUCGUGGGGACCCCUUUGGUGUUUUAUGUACUGUGAUUCAAUAAAAACCCCUUCAGGGUUGCAGAGCAGAGCUUGGUCAGUGGGAGUUUUAUUCCAGGUUGGGAGUGAAUCUACUUUGGCCACUAGGUAGGAGUGGAUCUGGAUGCCGUGUGCCAUUGUGAUCUGCUUGGCUUCUUGUCCCUGAUGAAAUCCUUCCACCCUUCCACUGUGCGGCAGCUUUCUGAUUCUCGUAUGUUUCUCUCACUUUCUAAGACUGAGACCUUGGUUGGAGGUGUUAGGAAGCCCAAGGCCAGGAACUCAGAGGCUCAGCUGAAACCUCUGACUUUGGUUCCCCCGGCUUCUCACCUCAUUCCCUGUGACCUGGCACCUGCCUUGUUCUACCAAUUGGCUUCUGACUUAGCCCUUGGAUUCAUCAUUUGAUACCCCCAGUCCUGGAGACUGUAGUCUAAAGUUCAGUCACUGUGGCUGGGCUUCCACUCUGAAACCUCUUUGUCACCUGUCUGGGCUCUACUUCUACCUUAUUGCCUGUUGCCAGCCUGCCCCUCCCCCCACUCGAUCAUCUGGCCCUGUUUUGGGGAUACCCACAAACUCCUGCUCUAACUUCUGUGUUUGUGUGGUCUCCAGAUCCCUAAGACCCCAGAUAUGGCAGGUCCUAGCUCUCACUGAGCACCCAGGCUCACAGAGAGU